AUGUCCGCCGCCGCCGCCGCGCCGUACAAGGCGCCCGCCGCGAAGACUGAAGAGUCGACGCAGCAGAUGCACCGCAUUCGCAUCACGCUCACGUCUCGUAACGUGAAGAACCUCGAGAAGGUGUGCGCGGAUCUCAUUCGCGGGGCGAAGGAUAAGCGGUUGAAGGUGAAGGGCCCGGUGCGCAUGCCGACGAAGGUUUUGAAGCUCACCGUGCGCAAGUCGCCGUGCGGGGAAGGUACGAACACUUGGGAUCGCUUUCAAAUGCGCAUCCACAAGCGUUUGAUCGACUUGCACUCGCCGGCGGACGUGGUGAAGCAAAUCACGUCAAUCUCCAUCGAACCGGGCGUGGAGGUUGAGGUGACGAUCGUCGACAACUAG